AUGCCUCCACUGGAAACUUCCCACCUUUCGCUCAAGAGGCAGCAACCUGAGCAUCCUUCAGUGCGUCACUUGAAGAGACAGCAACUUGACCGUUCUGCCUCAGCUUACUGGGAUAAGUUGUCGACGAUUUAUCUAACCAAAGGCGCGCUAAGGGAGCAUGACCGAAGAAACAGCGCUUUGAAGCAACUGCGAAAGCCUCACAAACCAGUUAACCACCAGCACUGCAGGCCCAACACUCGCCAGUUUGAGCAGGACGCGCGCCUGGAACUCGUUAGGCUUCCUGGGUUUUUAUGUGACUGUUCGCCUACUCAGUUGAAGGAGAUAACAAGAUUCUCGAGAUUGGGUGGUCCCGACCUAUCUGAUUUGAAGAAUUAUCCAGUUCCGAUGAGCUCAAGGAUGCCCAGCUCUCACUAUAGCACAGAAUCCCCUCCGUCAUCUACCUCCAGAUAUACAAAGACAAAAACUUCCAGUACCUCACCCUAUAGUUGGAACUUUCAGCAGAAUCUAAUCGACCACGGUGUUUAUCCUGACGGAUAUGAAUAUCCUGAUGGCCGAAUACCUUCAGCACCAAAUAAUAUAGAGGAGAUACUAGAGCAAUUAGCUCAGCGUCGGCCUUCCCUCUCUCCAUCAAAGUUCUCCAAUGAAGAUUUCAGAAAAUUCAAGCACGUGGACACACAUGCAUCUAAACAAAAGCCUGUCACAACCUCAGUGGUUCCCAUUCUUGAUGGCAAUAUCAGUGACCUUAAAUGUGUUGGAGGGGGCUACCUGUUUGGAAAUCUUGCCCCCUUAACUGAUGGCACAUUGGCUUCAGCCAAACCAGAUCACUUCUAUGAUUUGAGUCAUGAUAUUAUACCAUCAACACAGAAUGAUCUCCCAAUGGCACCAAACUUCUUUUUGGAGGCAAAGGGACCUGAUAGAUCUCUGGCUGUAGCCACACAGCAGGCAUGCUAUGAUGGCGCGCUGGGCACCUGUGGAAUGCAUGCUCUACAAUCCUACCUGCUAGAUAAACCAACCUACGAUAACAAUGCUUACACUAUUGCAUCAACUUAUCAAGGUGGUCAAUUAAAGCUAUAUGCCUCCCAUAUCUGCAAGCCAGACAACCCAGACAGCCAUCCUGAAUAUAUUAUGACACAGCUCCGAACAUUUGCCUGUACUGAUAGUUCUGAGGCCUUUCGACAAGGAGCAUCUGCCUACCGAAAUGCUCGAGAUUGGGCAAAGGGAAAAAGGGAUGAAUUUAUCAGAGCAGCAAAUGAAAGAUUCCACAAUGCCAACUCUCAAUCUAUGUCUACCCCCCAGCACCAGACUUCUGUAACACCCAUCCUGGAUGACUCCAACAACUCAACCAAGCCUGCUGGAUAUCAAGAUGCUGCCCAAUGGAGCUUUGCAGUUGAAGAAGAAGUGCCUCAGGGAAAUCCCAAGGGUUGA